AUGGCGCACUGCUGUGAUUGUCCUCUGCGGCUGGAGAAGAGUUUCAUCUUGGAUGGGGUGGCCGUGAGCACCAUGGCCCGCACCUAUGAGCGCUUGAGGCCCAAGCUCUGGUCGGCGAUUCCACCCUACAACGCACAGCAGGACCACCACGCCCGCCGGUACUUCCAGAGCCACGUGGUUCCGCCCGUUUUGCGGAAAACUGAGCAGGAUCACUGCGGCACAGGAAGAGACGGCUGGAUAGUGGAUUAUUUCCACAUCUUCGGGCAAGGACAGAGAUACCUCAACAGGAGAAACUGGGCAGGGGCAGGGCAUUCCCUCCAGCAGGUGACGGGGCAUGACCACUACAAUGCUGAUCUGAAAGUGAUCCAGGGGUUCAAUGGCCGGUUUGGCUAUCGCAGGAACACCCCAGCCCUCCGCCAGCGCCCGUCCGUCUUUGGAGAGGUCACCCAGUUCCCUCUCUUCUAA